UCCAUUCGGAUAAGAAAAGAAUCCAAGACCACGAUCUGAUUGGACCAAGUUCCCCAACUCCAUUUUGCCAUCUAUAUUCCGAACUCAAUACUGCUUUCAUGCGCUAAUCCUUCACUCUCUUCCGACCACAAUGGCAGCCACCAUAGCAACAACAGCGAUGGCCAUCAUAAACUCAAAGUGCCUAAACCCAACCAAGCUCCACAACAGCCCCAAGCUCGCACUCGCAGUGCCUUCAAAACCCACCCUCUUGUCCCCCCACAACCUCCCAAAGGGCCUCCACGUGUCCACCACGGCGCUCGCCGGCGCAACGUUCUGGACCCUCGGCAACUGCGACGCGGCCUUCGCGGCGCAGCAGAUCGCCCAAAUAGCGGAGGGCGACAACCGCGGCCUCGCGCUGCUGCUUCCGAUAAUCCCCGCCAUCGCGUGGGUCCUCUUUAACAUUCUGCAGCCUGCGCUCAACCAGCUCAACCGCAUGCGGAGCACCAAGGGGGUUGUAAUUGGGCUUGGGCUUGGGCUUGGCCUGGGAGCCUCGGGCCUGGUGUCCGGCCCGGAAGCUUCGGCUGGUGAGAUGGGCUUGAUUGCGGAUGCUGCUGCUGCGGCGGCGAGUGACAACCGGGGGCAGCUUCUUCUGUUUGUGGUUGCGCCGGCGAUUGUUUGGGUUCUCUACAACAUUUUGCAACCCGCGCUUAACCAACUCAACAGGAUGAGAUCUGAGUGAGGUUGGUUAGGGAAGAUGGAGUUUUGUCUACACGCUUCUUAUGCUUGUUUUGUUCUACCACUUCGUCAUUGUAACUUGUAUCUAUCGUCCUCUCUCUCUCUCUCUCUCUCUCUCUUCAUAUUAAAUAUUAAUGGACUGCUUCUCUUUUCCAUUUAUUUA